UAAAACCCAGUGAACAUGGGGAGAGCUUUGAAAGGAAGUGUUCUUUCAACGUGGACUUUCUUUUCUUGUAGUUCAGCUUAUGAUACCAAAACAAGACAGAAGGUGGCAGUAAAAAAGCUUUCAAGGCCUUUCCAAUCACUUAUACACGCAAGGAGGACCUACCGAGAGCUCAGGUUGCUGAAGCACAUGAAGCAUGAGAAUGUUAUAGGAUUGCUGGACGUUUUUACACCUGCAACAUCAAUAGAAAAUUUUAAUGAAGUGUAUCUUGUGACAAAUUUAAUGGGUGCUGACCUAAAUAACAUUGUGAAGUGCCAGAAGUUAACAGAUGACCAUAUACAGUUUCUUAUAUAUCAGUUACUUCGAGGACUUAAGUAUAUUCACUCAGCUGGAAUCAUCCACAGGGACCUGAAGCCCAGUAACUUAGCUGUAAAUGAAGACUGUGAAUUGAGGAUUUUAGACUUUGGUUUAGCUCGACAAACCGAUGAUGAAAUGACAGGCUACGUUGCAACAAGAUGGUACAGAGCUCCAGAAAUCAUGUUGAACUGGAUGCACUACAAUCAAACAGUUGACAUCUGGUCUGUUGGAUGCAUCAUGGCAGAGUUAUUGAAAGGGAAGGCCCUGUUUCCAGGAGAUGAUUAUAUUGAUCAACUAAAGAGAAUAAUGGAAGUUGUGGGUACACCCAGUUCUGAACUUCUGAAGAAGAUAUCAUCAGAACACGCAAGAAAGUACAUUGAAUCUCUUCCACAUAUGCCUCAACAGGAUUUGAAAGCAGUAUUUCGUGGUGCCAAUCCAUUAGCGGUAGACCUUCUUGAGAAGAUGCUGAUACUGGACAGUGAUAAACGAAUUACUGCCUCUGCAGCCCUUGCACAUCCAUACUUUGUACAGUAUCACGAUCCGGAUGAUGAACCUGAGGCUGAGCUCUAUGAUGAGUCAAUAGAGAAUAAAGAGCGAACCAUAGAAGAGUGGAAAGAACUUACCUAUGAAGAAGUGAUGAGCUUUAAACCACCUGACCUGAAAAUGGAUAGCCUGGAAAUAGAACAGUGAACGCUGGCAGCUGUGCUUUGCCUUGCUGCACUACGAGGACUGUUAAAAUAUAACCAUACAAUUUAACCUGGGUUCAAAUACACAUAGAUUUCACUAUCCAAAGAUAUCAGAGAUGUGGAAAAGCAGAUACGUUAUACAGAAGCCAGAUGUUGUCUGUUUCAAGGUUUUCUUACCUUGUAAUAUGAAUGUACUCCCAGUUCAUAAAGGGUGAUAAAGAACUGCUCUGUUCUGACAAAAUUAUGCACUGAGUUCUGUUCAACGGUGUUUUCUGCAUGUUUCAUUUUAUCAGUCGUAUUGCCAAAAUGAAGGUGAUGUUUUUAAUUAAUUUUAAAAUUGUGCAUUUAACGCAUGAAUGUAUACAAACAUAAACAUAGAAUUCCACACAAGCAAUCCUUUUUUUUCCCCUGGCAUUAGCCUAAUUUUAACUGUCUGUUUUCAUUUUAUUUAUAGUUAGUGCCUUUAUGAAGAGAGGGUGUGGUAGCAAGAUAGACAGAAUAUGCACACGUAGUCCUAUCUGUGGUGGUCUUACAGAUUUACUAGAUGUCUCUCAAACAAUCUAGCACCAGUUGGAAGUCAGUAAAAAAUAAAUCUUUGUCUUCUGUUGCCAUUAAA